GAUCUCCGUGGUUGAGUGUUCCAAUUUCUCCCAUUCAUUUUAAUAGAAGUGGUCCAUCUCUGCAAAAUUAUCUCUGGUUUAGUGUAGUCAAUGUGUGUGGCUCUUCACGUUUCGCAGAAAGAAACCUGCUACUAGAGGAAUUGUUUUUUGUUGUUGUCUGUUUAUUUGUUUUUACAUCAGACUGAAUUAUUGACAUCGAGGCAUGGAGUCGUUUGAUAGCGGAAGAGCUCCAAUGCCCAGGAACAUGAUUGAGAACAACAUGUUUGAGGAAGAGCCAGAUGUGGUGGAUUUGGCCAAGGAGUCCCCAUCCUAUCCCAUAGAUUCAGACGAUGUGGUCUACGAACCACGAAGCUCACGACUGCUAGUCAGAGGACUGGGAGAAAAUGACUUGGACGAAGACGAGGAAGAAUAUGAAUCAUCUGCUCGGCUUCUUGGAAUGUCCUUCAUGAACCGCAAUUCCAGUCAGCGUAGUGCUGUCUUGUCCUACACCCGCCAACAUCCUUCUGAAUGUUGCUCGAUGCCUUCUGCUAGGACAAUGGUGGUAGGUGUUCUCAUCUUGGUACUGGUUGCCUCCAUGAUUAUGGUCAUCUGCUUCCUGCCAGGUUGCACUUUCACCCGAGGUGGUUGUAAGAAGACCAUAGACACUGUCUAUCCAGUGUCCACAAGUGGAGAACUUUUCCCCUGGACAGAGUUGAGGUUACCAGUCAGUGUACACCCUGUGCAUUACAGUAUUUCACUUCAUCCCAACCUGACCUCCAUGACCUUCCAAGGAAGUGUGUCGACCAUAGUGAAGGUCUUGCAGGCAACCAAAAAGAUAGUUCUCCACAGUUCUGAUAUGAAAAUAAUCAGUGCCUCUUUUGACGGUAAAGAGGUUAAGAUCUUGGAGUACAAACCAUGGCAGCAGAUUGCCAUCAAAUUUCCAGAUGAUCUUAAGAAGGGACAGUAUGUACUGAAUAUUAACUACACAGCAAACUUCUCCAGCAGCUAUGAUGGCUUCUACAACAGCUCAUAUGUUGAUACAACUGGUGCAAAAAGAGUUUUAGCUGCUACUCAGUUUGAACCCCUGGCAGCCCGCAAGGCUUUCCCUUGUUUUGACGAGCCAGGUUUUAAAUCUACUUUUCUAAUUAAGAUAACAAGAGAACCCAAGUACAUCAGCCUUUCAAACAUGCCCAAGGUCAAAACCUCUAAUUUAAGCAAUGGGCUUCAAGAAGAUGAGUUUGAGAAAAGUGUUAAUAUGAGCACUUACCUGGUUGCGUUUAUAGUGGCUGAAUUCAGCAGUGUCAGUAAGAAUGUCUCUAAAACUAUGGUGUCUGUGUAUGCAGUUCCAGACAAAAAAGACCAAGUGCAUUAUGCUCUGGAAACAGCUGGCAAAUUGUUGGAUUUCUACAACACAUUCUUUGAAAUUGACUACCCACUAAGCAAGCUGGAUUUAGUGGCCAUUCCUGACUUCCUUGCUGGAGCCAUGGAAAACUGGGGACUAAUUACAUUCCGUGAGACAACUCUGCUAGUUGGGAAUCAUUCCUCCCCUAUAGACAAGCAACUGGUGACAUGUGUCAUUGCUCAUGAACUUGCCCACCAGUGGUUUGGAAAUUUGGUCACUAUGAGAUGGUGGAAUGAUCUUUGGCUAAAUGAAGGAUUUGCAACCUACAUGCAGUAUACAUCAAUUGAAACUGUGUUCCCUGAACUUGAUAUAGACACUGAAUUCUUAAGCGUUCGUUUCAGAGCCCUGGCCAAAGACGCAUUGAACUCGUCCCACCCAGUGUCUAAUAUAGUGAGCACCCCAGAGCAGGUGGAAGAGAUGUUUGACUCUGUGUCUUAUGAGAAGGGGGCUUCAAUACUUCUUAUGCUUAAAGGAACACUCACAGAUGAAGAGUUUCGAAAAGGAGUGAUUGAGUAUUUGCAGAAGUAUACAUUCAGAAACACAGAAAGUGAAGACUUAUGGAACAGUCUAUCCCAGGUGAGUAAACAACCCUUCAAUAUAGCCCAGAUUAUGAAUACUUGGACUGUACAGAAGGGCUUUCCUCUGGUCUCAGUGAAGAGGAAUGGCACUCAAGUGACACUGACCCAAGAACAUUUCCAUCUGAAUUCUGAAAACACCAAAGACAGUAGUUUGUGGCAUAUUCCCCUGACAUAUGUGAAUAACAGCUGUAGUACUCACAGCUCCUGCAAGCAAGUAUUCCAUCUCAAGGACAAAACUGCCACAUUAAAGCUUCCAGGUCAGGUGAAGUGGUUGAAGUUCAACUACAGGAGUGAUGGCUUCUAUAUAGUGCAUUAUGACGAUGAGGGGUGGAGGGUGUUGAAUGAGGCAUUGAGCGUGGACGUGAACAUUCUCCCCCGUGAGGACAGAGCAGCACUCAUCAAUAACAUCUUUGCUCUCUCCAGGUUGGGCAAGGUGUCCUUCAGGCAGGUCUUAAAUCUAAUGGAGUACAUCGGAAAUGAGACAGAGACUGCUCCUCUCACUGAAGCUCUCUUCCAGCUUGCUCAGAUAUACAGAUUGCUUGACAAAAGAUCAGAGUUGAGCUUGGUCUCUAGAAUGAAGAGUUACAUUUUUCACCAUUUUGGCAAUUUAAUGGACAGUCAAUCAUGGGAACAGGAAAUCUCUAUGUCUAAGAUUACACUUAGGUCUGCUCUGUUGGAGAUGGCAUGUUCCCUUGACGGACACAACUGCACAACACAGGCCAAACUUCUCUUUGAUCAGUGGUUGGCUUCCAACAAGACUAAACAGAUUCCGAGUGACCUCAUGAGAACAGUCUUCAAAGUUGCUGCCCAAACAGAAGAUGGUUGGACGACACUUUUAGACACGUAUAAAUACUCCAUCUAUGACACAGAGAAGCUCAAGACACUGGAGGCUUUGACCAGUACUCGGGAUGUAAAAAAAAUUAUAUUAAUUCUACAAAACAGUCUUGAUGGAAGUGUGAUUCAAACACAGGAAUUUCCAUUUGUGAUCAACACAAUUUGCAGGAACCUUCCUGGCUACCUCUAUGCUUGGGAUUUUGUAAAGGAGAACUGGGAUAAAAUCAUUAAAAAGUUUCCUGUCGGAUCUUAUGCCAUUCAAAGCAUCAUCAUGUCUACAACCAGUCAGUUUUCCACAAAAACACAUCUCAAGGAGGCACAGAACUUCUUCAGUUCUCUGGGGGACAGAGGUUCUCAGAUGAGGAUCGUGCAGGAGGCCAUUGAGACCAUUAAGCUCAACAUGCAAUGGAUGGAGAAUAACCUCAACACACUUCAGAACUGGUUGUAGUGUGAGGAGGUGGCUCUCCUCUCAUGCCUCUCACUCCUCAGGUGAUGUCUUCGGGCACAUGCAGCUGUAAGUCAUGUUACUGUGACUAAAGCCAGAGCCAUAAAUGUACAAAGUUAGGUCAGGGUCAAAAUAGAAUAGCAGAUUUACUUUUGAUUGAAAGGUCAUGUUAAAAUGUUCCUUUUCAGGGUAUCUUCUAAGGAUUUUGUACUUAAGUACUUGCAGACUUAUUAGAUAUCUGCCUGAAUACAUUUAAAAAGGAAGCCGUUAUUACCAUCUUAUAUAAAUAAACAAGAUGUGUGUUGUGUCAACAGCAGGUAUUUUUCUUUCCUGACUAUGUCAUGAGUGAAAUGAAACCAUAAAGUCAACAUGUGAUCUCUUGUGUCAUAACUUUAGCUUUAAUUGCUGCUUUAGAAAAGUUGGUGCAGUGUCUUCUCUCUGUUUACAUUGGAGGCCCAACUCUUCAUGUGUAUGACUCUCGCCACAAGCAAAGUUUGCACUAUUCAAAAUUUCAGCUUGCUCAGGGCUAUUCUGGUUGUUUUUGAAAUAUAUAUAAUGAUUCAUUUGAUCCCUUUUACUUAAUGUUGGUUGCUACAGACCAGAUCCUUCCUUUAGUAUCUCAUAAGUAUGCCUUUUGUGUAUUUGCCUAGAAAUUGUGCUUUUAUAGAAGUGCCAUCAGAUCCCCCUUUCUUCUAGGUAUAAAAGCAGAGAUCUGAUAUAUUUGCAAAAUGAGCAGACAAUCGAUGGUCAAAGUAUUUGUCUUUUAUUUAUGUCUUUGGUGGCAAUGGUUUUUAUUAUUUGCCUAGUUUGCAAUGCCUGUAUACAGUACUGUGUAAAUGUUUUUGCCUUUGAAAUUUUCCAUAUAACUAUCUUCCUUUGCACAAGAUGUAUUUUGGAGAAUCUAAUUAGAGUUGAGUGUGUAUAUUAUGAAUUACAUUUUGUGCAGGCUUAUAUAUAGGUUUUCUUAUUGUCAAAGUUUGUUAGCAUUUAUAAAACAUGAAUUUUAUUUUGGUUUUGCUUUGCACAUUUUGUUUUAUUGUUACAUAGACAACACAUGUAACAGAUUAUAGCUCUACAAUACAUGUAGGGUUUUGUGUUACUGAUGCAUUUUGCUUUCAUGCAUUUUCACAGAUAUGUUCUUGCUUUUAAGAAAUUAUUUUUGAAGAAUAUUUCAAAUGCAUUUACUCAUUCAAAACCUAUGGAGUUAAAACAGCAUAAAAAGCUGCAUGCAUUAAUUGACAAAUGCAUGGAUGAAAAUGCACAAAUUUAUCCACUGUUUUAUAAUCAAAGAAAUAAUAAUUUGUACAGAAAUACAGAGCUGUUUUAAUUUGUGUAUUGCCUUUGUAAUAAUAUAAUUAUAUAUUAAUCUCGAUUUAUAAUGUUAAUAUGAUAAUUACGCUUCCAGGUUUACAGCUCUGAUCUGACCUCAUGAAAUGUCAAAAAUGACUGGUACAUUGUUAUUAUUUUGAUUAUAGCAGUUGUAAUGUGGCUCUUAAUCAAAAGCUUUAUUAAUGUAUAUGUGUUAAACAUGAAUGAUGGUCUUUAUUGGACAAACAGCCUUGCUUACACUGUAUGACAGUUAUUUGAGACUUCUAAUUUUAAGUUGGAUUUUUACACUUAACAAUUAAUGUAUUCAUGCUUGUUACUCUGGUUUUGGUCAAACACGAGGAUUAUGAUUGUAAUUCCCUUGCAUCUGAAUUUUUCUGGAUUAGCAGUAUGGAGUGUAAUAACUACAGUAUAUUAUUCUGUUGAAUCAGUUUUCUGGAAUUAUUAAUCUUAAUAUUUCAGCUAUCAUGCUUUGUGGUUUAUUUGCACUUGUAAUUUUCUGUCAUUUACCUCAUGUGUUUAUGCUGUGUUUACUGACAUUUGCAAAAUAAGCCUUUUCAUGUAUUAUUUUUUCCCACCUGAAAUUUACAGUUCAUACCCACCCACCCACCCCCACCCCCAAAAGGAUAAUAAUUUUUUAGGCUUGGCAAAAUGUUUAAAGCUCAAAUAUAUAUUUUUUUAAUAUAUGUUUGAAUAGGUUGUGAGGGAUAUUGUUUUUAUUAUUAUUAUUAUUUUGUGUUAAACAGCUUUACACUGUAUUUGGAUUUUAAGUUUGUAAGAUUUUGCUUAGUGGGAGACCAGUGACCCAUCUAUAAAAAAGACAAAUAAUAAAACGGUUUGUGAACAAAUAUCCCUGAAACGCAUUAGUCCAUGCUCAGCUUUUGUCCUUUUAAUUCAGUAGAUGGCGCUGUUUCCAUUUGUUUUCUAAUGAAAAUAAUUUAGUCUCCGUGAUAAAGGAAGACAUCACGUGACUUGAUAAAAAAGGAAAUUUACUUAAUAGAAAAUAUUUGGUUUUAUAGGGGAGACUGGGGCUAGAUAUAAGUAACUAAGAUUAAGUUUUCAUCAGCAGUAGUUUAGUUUGUUGGUUUCAAACUAAAAAAUGACAAUAAAAGUGAAA